CUCUCUCCGCAGACCUCAUCCAGCCCAGUCAACCAGCUCAACAGGAACUGACGUCCGUCUGUGAAGUGGACGGAAAAAAUGCAGCUGCAGGAAAAAUGGCUCCAAACAGCGCACCGCUAAAAGGUGUUUAGAGCUCCACUCGUCUUCUCUGACUUCAGGCCGUCAGACUCAUGGCCCCUCUCAGCUGACACCAUGGCCCAGAUAUCGAGUGGUAAUGGGUUCAAGAUGGAUGUCCCCCAGCCUAAAGGGAUUGUGGGUAAAGAGGAAGCCCUGCGUAUGGAGGAGGAGGCUUUAGCGAAGCUGCAGAGAGAGAAGAGGCACACAGCGCCGCCUUCAUCCUCAGCUUCAUCCUCAGCUUCAUCCUCCUCAAAGACUAAAGCCUGUAGAUCUGCCUCUUCUGCUCCUCAGCCUUCAUCCUCCUCCUCUUCCUCCAGACUGGAGAAGGACCUUAUCGUGUUCCCUGAGACCAGGAAGCAAACAGAACAUGACAAGUUCAAGGACAUCGACGUGGACAAGAUGACCACGGAGGAACUGGAGAAGCUGCUCCUGGACGAGACCUUCGAGGUGAACAGAAUGAGUCGCCCGUCGUCGCUGUUUGGCGUCAACCUGAGCGCCUCGUACCCCGGUCACCCCUGUAGCUCCUCCCCUUUCCAGAGCGGCCAGUGGACCCCGGUCCUGUCGGCCCCGUCCAGCUCCGGUGUGUCCACUCCCACCCACCAGCCCUCCCAUCAGCCGCUGUUCCCUUCGGCGCCGUUCCCCAAACCGGGCUCGUUCCAGAACGGCCUUACUCCGGCGCUGUCGCCCUUCAUGGCGUUGCCGGCGCAGCAGCCCUCCUUCAUGGCCUUCACGCCCAUCCAGCCCGCCGCCGUGGUCUACCCACCUCCCGCUGUCGAUCCUGAGAUGGCCAAACUGUUUGACAAGAUCGCCAGCACCUCGGAAUACUUGAAGAACGGCAGGUCGUCCAGCACUGACCCGGACUCCUCCGCGGCGUCUCUGGCUCCGAACCCUCCACCUCAGCAGCCGGUGGUCGAACCGUCUGGCAUCGGCCGCUUUGACUGGCUCGACCUGGAUCCACUGACCAAGCGCAAAAGUGAGGCUGAGGAAGCGGGAGGAGCUUCAGAACCGACAGUCCCUGCAGGGGAUCCGUGGGAUGCAGUUCUGGAGACCGAAGGGACCGGCGGUGAUAGCGGUCCCACUUCGGAGGAAAAGGCGUCAGUUCGGUCUCAGCCCAGGAGGGCGUCGACCGGCGCGGCUGUCACCAGGAGUCACUCGCUGAACAUCCCAGGGACGUCCCAGCAGCACAGAACCACCAACCAGGAAAAGGGAAAAGGAAAAGGUCUGGUGAGAAAUGCAGCUCUGGAGGAAGUGGACGCUCAAAACCUGGAGGUCGUCGCCUUCUGUGAAGACAUGGCAACACUCCGGUCCAGAUUCCCUCACACCAACCUGUCCACAAACCCCGGCUUCGUCCUCAGUCCGGUCAUCGCUCAGAGAGACGCCGGGACCGACGCCAGCUGCUCCGUCAAAGUGUCCAUCGAGAUCUCCGAGUCUCAGCAGCCAGUGACCUUCACCUGUGACGUGAGUUCUCCGGUGGAGUUGCUGAUCAGUCAGACUCUCUGUUGGGUCCAUGAUGAUCUGGAUCAGGUGGACUUCUCCAGAUACCUGCUCAAAGUGUGUGGACGGGAGGAGGUUCUGCAGAAUAAACACAGCCUGGGAAGCCACGAGUACAUUCAGAACUGCAGGAAGUGGGAGAACGAGAUCACGUUACAGCUGCUGUCGCACAACACCAUGAGGAGAGACCUGGCACGAAGCGCUGAAGACGACGGCUCCAAGAUCGACUUGGAGAAGCAUCUGGUUCAUGUGGAGAGGCCGUUCAAGGAGAACGUGACCAGACAAGGCCUUGCUGAUUAUCUUGAAGGUUAUCACACCCAGAUGAACGUCUGUCUGCAGAACGAGAGUACUCAGUAUAAGACGGUGGCUCGUCUGGUUCAGACAGUGAAGAACCUGUGUUGUGCUCUGGACGAGGUGGAGACUCCCGGCAUCACCGAGGCCGUCAAGCGUCUUCAACACUCGGCGAACCUCCCCAGGACCCGGUCUCCAAAGAUGGGCUCGUCUGCUCAGUCGUCCAACGGUCAGCCCAGUCCAGUGGAGGACAGCAUGGCUUUACUGACUCAGGCGGUUUACGAUCUGGCUAAACUCUACCUGCGCUCCUUCUGUCCUCCGUCGCCCUCCUUCACGCCUCCUCCUCUUGGCCCCGCCUCUCCGGCCGCGGACGGAGACUCAGCAGACGAUAAAGGCAGCAGAGAGGCAUCCGGGAGCACGGACCACCUGCAGUUCACUCUGUUCGCUCUGCACGGCAUCCCAGCCAACUGGGUCAGCAGUUAUGAGAAGUACUUCCUGAUGUGUUCCCUGACCCACAACGGCAAAAACCUGUUCAAACCGGUCCAGUCCAAGAGGGUCAGCACCUACAAGAGCUUCUUCUACCACAUCAAGUGGGACGAGCUGAUCAACUUCCCCAUUGCGGUGGCGGUCCUCCCUCUGGAGUCGGUCCUGAGUCUGACCCUGUUUGGGGUCCUGAACCAGAACGCCGGUGGUUCUCCAGAUUCCAACAAACAGAGGAAAGGUCCGGAACUGCUGGGGAAGGUGUCCAUGCCCUUGUUCGACUUCAGACGAGUUCUGGUCAGCGGCAGCCGUUUGCUGUGUUUGUGGAUGUCGGCUCAGGGCGCCGCCGCUGCUUCUGGAUCGACAGGAAACCGUCGCAGAGUUCCAUCUGAGAGGAUCGUACUACAGGUGGACUUUCCAAGCUCAGGGGUGGAUGUUUUAUAUGUAGGACCCAAAGAGGCCCUGAACCCAGAGCCCCAGGCCCUGGAGGAGCUGGACCCGGACCUCCGACGCAAACUGGAGAAAAUCUGCAGCCGAGCCUCCAACUUCGGGCUGAAGCGAGCCGACCACCAGCUCCUCUGGGACCACCGGCUCCACUGUCGGAGGGACCACCCCAGCAGCCUCCCUAAGGUCCUGGCCUCGGCCCCCAGCUGGGACUGGGCCAGCAUGGCUCACAUCCACAGCCUGCUGCACCACUGGCCCCCGCUGCCCCCGGUCACCGCUCUGGAGCUGCUCGACUCCAAGUUUGCAGAUACUGAGGUGAGGAGCGUCGCCGUCAGCUGGAUUGAGAAGAGCAGCGAUGACGAACUGGCCGACUACCUGCCUCAGCUGGUCCAGGCGUUGAAGUUCGAGUGUCACCUGAAGAGCGCCCUCGUCAUGUUCCUCCUGUCCAGAGCUCAAGGAAACAUCAACAUCGCACACUACCUCUACUGGCUGCUAAAGGACGCUGUUCAGGAUCCAGCCUGGGGGAGGCGCUACGAGCGCGUCCUGGGGGCUCUGCUGUGUCUGUGCGGAGGCAAACUGAGGGUGGAGCUGGAAAAACAGACUCAACUGGUGACUCUGCUCGGAGCGGUGGCCGAGAGGGUCCGGCAGGCCGGGGGAUCCACCAGACAGGUGGCGCUGCAGGAGGGUCUUGAAAACGUCCAGAACUUCUUCCAGAGGAACAGCUGCAGACUCCCACUCAGUCCUAGUCUGGUGGCCAAAGAGCUCAACAUAAAGGCCUGUUCUUUCUUCAACUCCAACGCCGUUCCUCUGAAACUGACUUUGAUCAACGCCGACCCUCUGGGAGAAGAGAUCAACGUCAUGUUUAAGGUCGGUGAAGACCUGAGGCAGGACAUGCUGGCUCUUCAGAUGAUCCGCGUCAUGGAUCGGAUCUGGCUUCAGGAGGGUCUGGACCUCCGCAUCGUCAACUUCAAAUGCAUCUCCACCGGAAAAGACAAAGGUAUGGUGGAGCUGGUUCCGUCCUCUGACACCCUGAGGAAGAUCCAGGUGGAGUACGGCGUCACCGGCUCCUUUAAAGACAAACCUCUGGCCGAGUGGCUCCGCAAAUACAACCCUGCAGAAGACGAGUAUGAAAAGGUCUGCGUCGGAGAACUUCUCUCGUGCGCCGGUUGUUGCGUGGCCACGUACGUCCUGGGAAUCUGCGACCGACACAACGACAACAUAAUGCUUCGCUCCACCGGACACAUGUUCCACAUCGACUUCGGGAAGUUCCUGGGCCACGCUCAGAUGUUCGGCAGCUUCAAGAGGGACCGGGCGCCGUUCGUCCUGACCUCCGACAUGGCCUACGUCAUCAACGGAGGGGAGCGACCCACCAGCCGCUUCCAGCUGUUCGUAGAUCUGUGCUGUCAGGCCUACAACCUGAUCCGCAAGCACUCUGGAUUGUUCCUCAACCUGCUCACACUGAUGACGUCCUCAGGUCUUCCAGAACUCAGCGGGUCUCAGGAUCUGAAGUACGUGUUCGAUGCUCUGCAGCCUCACAACACGGACGCAGAGGCCACCAUCUUCUUCACCAGGCUGAUCGAGUCCAGUCUGGGAAGUGUAGCCACAAAGUUCAACUUCUUCAUCCAUAACCUGGCUCAGCUGCGGUUUUCGGGUCUGCCGGCCAACGACGAGCCCAUCCUGUCCUUCUCCCCCAAGACCUACACCAUGAAACAGGAGGGGCGCAUCCACCACGCAUCCAUCUACUCCUUCCAGAAGAGAUACAGCCCCGACAAGCACUACACAUACGUGGUGAGGAUCCUGAGAGACGGACACAAUGAGCCUCAGUUUGUCUUUCGCACUUUUGAUGAGUUUCAGGAGCUGCACAACAAACUCACCAUCCUGUUCCCACUGUGGAAGCUGCCCAGCUUUCCAAAUAAAAUGGUUCUGGGUCGAACUCACAUCAAAGAGGUGGCAGCAAAGAGGAAACUGGAGCUGAAUAACUACGUCCACAACCUGAUGAGGAGCUCGACGGAGGUCACACAGUGUGACCUCGUCUACACCUUCUUUCAUCCAAUCGCACGAGACGAUAAGACUGAAGGUCUGGAGGCAACGCCCAAAGCACCAGAGCCUCCUCCGAGUCCAACAUCAGGUCGAGUCGAAGGAGAGGUGAAGCUGUCCAUCUCGUACAGGAACAGUAAUCUGUUCAUCAUGGUGAUGCACAUCAGAGACCUGGUGUCUGAGGACGGAACCAACCCCAACCCCUAUGUGAAAACCUACCUGCUUCCAGAUCCACAGAAGACCUCCAAACGCAAGACCAAGAUCUCCAGGAAAACCAGGAACCCCACUUUCAACGAGAUGCUGGUCUACGGCGGCUACAGUAAGGAGACUCUGGCUCUGCGGGAGCUGCAACUGAGCGUGCUCAGUGCAGAGUCUCUGCGUGAGAACUACUUUCUGGGUGGAAUCACACUCCGGCUUAAAGACUUCGACCUCAGCAAGGAGACGGUGAAGUGGUACAAACUGACGGAUGUCCCAUAUUUCUAACACGGCGCUCUGCACACGCACGCUGCCUUCACGUCAUGUGGGAAAACGGAAACACCACCAUGUCUUCUGCGUCUGUGGAGGUGCAUGAAAGUGUGAAGAGUGUGAAUCUGACGGAGCGUGGUUGUCACGUGUUCUGGUUCUGAUGAUGGACGUUGGUCUGUUUUUUGCGCCGUUUCCACAGGUUUCCGGUGUUUCUUCCCAUAUGAGCUGAAAGCACAUUUUCACUGUUUCUCUCUUUAAACUAACCAAGAUUUUUCUGUGACAACAAUCUCUGUCUCUUCUAAACUUUAACAAAGAGCUGUAAUGUUUUGUACAUUUUGAUAUUAGAGGACCAAACGGCUGACUUCAGAGGAGUAUAUAUAGAUACAGCACACAUUUAUUUUUAAGGAAUAGAAGGGGUUCUUUUCUCCGGUCACAGGAGGCAUCAGGGUUUUUUGUGCCAAACCAGAGGAACUCGGCAGAUCAAACUACUCAACACGUGCCUUUGAUCACAAUCUGUUUAAAGCUCCACUUGGCCUUAUUCUGUUUUAUUAAUGAUGUGAUAUUAAAGUAAAGCUAUUCUGUAAAGCUGUAUCAGCAGUUCUUUCAGAGUCUUGAGCCGUUUGGAGGCGGUGUUUCUGCUUUAGUAAUGGUGCAUUUCAACUUAGAGCACAACCAGGGUUUACUUUGUGACAGAACACACGUUUGUAUUAGAGGAUGAGGAGAAUACACAAACCUGAGUCCUCUCACUGCAGUUCAAUACCGAGGACUGAUGAUAUGUUUAGAGUCGAAGGAGAUGAGUUCAGCCAAGUCUUCCUAGAUCGUUUUAUGUUUAAGUCAAGUGAAAUACUUUGUUUCGAAGCAUCACGUUCAAGAUACUUAUUAGUGUGAGAUACAUUAGAUCUAAAGGUCAAAUAUUUGUUUGGUUUUUUCAUAUUUACAAAACAUGUCUGAAUGUCUUGCUGCACAACAUGGGCUUCAACUCCAUGAUAACUUGUAUUUUUUCACUUUUUGAUCAGAAUCACACAGGACCUGAUUGUGUCACUGGUAUCAGUAAAAGUCUAAAUGAACCUCAUUUAUCCGCGAAACUAAGGCUGCACUGUUUGGAACAUAAUCAUCGUUUUGUCUCGUGGUUCUGGGGAACUUUUGAUCCAGUUGUUUUUCUGCUUCAGAUCCUUUAAACAUUGUAAAUGAGCACUUUAGAGGAAGGAUGGCAUUUCAUUCAUUCCUUAAACCACAUUCAGUUUUAUUUUUAAACAUAAACACUCUAUUGAGGAGUAGCUUGAGAUUAGUGGGCUUUUUUUUCUGGUGACCUUGUUAAGUUGUUCAGUUGUCUUCUCCCAUUUUCAGUGAAAAAUGUAGAAUAUGUAGAAUAUGCAAAAAGAAAUGUAUUACAAUCUAAAAACAUCUAAUUGAAUAUUAAGAGUUACAAUCAGAGCAAAUAUUUGUAUAGAAGACAAUUCAGUAAAACCAAUGUAUGAGCAAAUCAGUUCAGUUGGAUAAGUCAACAGCAGAAGGGAAAUAUGAUCAAAUGAAACUUAAAUCAUCCUAACGAUAAUGAUGUAUCUGAGGCCUGUUCUGGUCUCUCAGGUGAAAAAUGUAAAAUAAUGAAGUAAUUUGUGCAUCUACAGGUAAUUUAUAAAAGGAAAGUAAUGGGCCAACGUAAGGAGGUAAAAGACCAAAAAAUAUAUCUGAAGUUCCAUCUGUUAAUGUCUAAAAUGUAUCUUCUGGACCCUGAUGUUCCUGUAGAAGUCCACUUUGAGGAUUCGUCUUCCAUCCCGACUGACUCCUGUGAAUUCAGAUAUUUGUUGGGGAAAUAGAUGAAUGUGAUAAAACUGUGCACACUGAACAAACACUGAGUGUCUUUUGAGUGGAGGACUUCAAACUGAAGUGUUGUGAAUGUUACCGCAGCUGUAGAACUCGUCUCCUUCCGCCUGAAGUCACAAACGCAUCCAUCACCUCCGAUCUGGGAAUAGACCUGAUCAGGACCAACUGCAGUGAGGGACUUUCCAGGUUUCAGUCAACCCAAAGGGACCCGAUCCUGAACCUGAGAAGAGCUGCUUCCCUUCACCUCUAACUCAACAUGUUGUUAAUGUUUAAUAAAGAAACAAUGGGUUUUUAAAGCAAAGAGACAAUUCUGAUCUGAGCGACUCUCACACUUUGAACAGUAGAGACUUGAUCCACUCUUUUACUGACUGUACAAAGAGUUUGUAUUAACAUGGCCAGUUAUUUAUUCCUAAUUGGUGACCUGUAACCUGGAACGGAUCAGUGUGUACUGUAAUCUCCCUUUCCUCAAACAAAUUAAAUGUUUUUGGAACAAACGUGA